GGGUAUAAAAGGCCUAGGAGGGAAGGGGGUGCUCAGACUCAGUGUCUUGGCCUUCCCAGCUGCUCUGAACCUCCUGUGUAGCCUCAGCCCACACCAUGACUUCCUUCUACAUCAGCCCAUGCCAGUCUCUGGGCAGCGCCCAGGCUCCUGGAGAAAGAAAUGUCUGCGUCUCCUCCCUUGACCUUGGGGGCCAGCCUGCGAUAGAGGAAAAGGCUGCUUGUAUGGGCCUCUUGGCCAACCUGGCACACGCCAACCGAGUUCGUGUGGGGUCGACCCCUCUGGGCCGACCCAACCUCUGCCUACCCCACAGCUGCCACACUGCUUGCCCCUUGCCAGGGACGCGCAACAUUCCUGGCAACAUUGGAAGCUGUGGCGCCUAUGGGGAAGGCACCCUGAAUGGCCACGAGAAGGUGACCAUGCAGUUCCUGAACGACCGCCUGGCCAACUACCUGGAGAAGGUGCGGCAGCUGGAGCGGGAGAAUGCGGAGCUGGAGACCGGCAUCCGAGAGUUGAGCAAAUGCCAUGAGACCACCGUGUGCCCCAACUACCAGUGCUACUUCAAAACCAUUGAGGAGCUCCAGCAGAAGAUCCUGUGCAGCAAGGCUGAGAAUGCCAGGCUGGUUAGCCAAAUCGACAACGCCAAGCUGGCUGCCGAUGACUUCAGGAUCAAGCACGAGAGUGAGCACUCCCUGCGCCUGCUGGUGGAGGCGGACAUGUGUGGGAUGCACAAACUCCUGGACGACCUGAGCCUGGCCAAGGCUGACCUGGAGGCCCAGCAGGAGUCCCUGAAGGAGGAGCAGCUCUCCCUCAAGAGCAACCAUGAGCAGGAAGUGAACAUUCUGAAGGGCCAGCUGGGAGACAGGCUCCGCAUUGAGCUGGACACUGAGCCCACCGUGGACCUGAGCAGGGUGCUGGAGGAGAUGCGGUGCCAGUACGAGGCCAUGGUGGAGACCAACCGCCGUGAUGUGGAGCAGUGGUUUGAAGCUCAGUCUGAAGGCAUCAGCCUGCAGGCCAUGUCCUGCUCUGAGGAGCUGCAGUGCUGCCAGUCGGAGAUCCUGGAGCUGAGAUGCACGGUGAACGCCCUGGAGGUGGAGCGCCAAGCCCAGCACCAGCUGAAAGACUGUCUGCAGAACUCGCUGUGUGAGUCCGAGGCCCGCUUCGGCACCGAGCUGGCCCAGAUGCAGAGCCUGAUCAGCACCGUGGAGGCCCAGCUGGCCGAGAUCCGGGCCGACCUGGAGCGGCAGAACCAGGAGUAUCAGGUGCUGCUGGACACGAAGGCCCGGCUGGAGGGCGAGAUCAACACGUACCGGAGCCUGCUGGAGAGCGAGGACUGCAAACUCCCCUGCAAUCCGUGCGCCACGCCCGCCUCCUGUGUGCCUCCCCCCUGUGCUCCUCGUCCGAGCUGUGUCCCUUGUACCCCUUGCGGGACUGGUUCCGCCUGUGCAGCCAGCACUGGGAGCCGGUACUGA